CUCGGAGGAGGCCGAAGAGCUGCGCCCCGGGCACAAGUGCAUUUCGCCAGGUCUUCCAGGAGAAGGCUUCCGAGUUCGGGGCAGGGAAGGGGUCCUAACAAUGCAAAGCGGCCGCGUGCGCCGCCCAGGGCUCCGGGCCUGGGCGGCGGGGCCCCCCGAGCGGCGCCAGGGACCGCCCCCCAGAUCUUUCGGGGCCGCGCCCGGCCGGGUUGUGGGCGCCGCGAGGUCCCGGCCUAGCCGGCCCGGUGGCUCCGGGGGGCCUGACCCGCCAAUGAGCGGGGGCCGCCGCGCUUUCAUUAGGGGGCGCUCUGGGGGCGCAGUCCCGGCUCCCGCCGCUUCCUCCCGCCGCCCCUCCCCGCCAGCCCUGGAGAACGAACGCUGCCGAGCCUCGGGGACCGAGCCUCGGAGCCGCCUGGGCCGGGCGGGCCGGGGCCGCCGUCUCCUUCCGCCGGCCAUGCAUUCUUCCGGCUCCUCCGAUCCCCGCGGCGCGGGCCGAGCCCCGGCCAGCUCGAGGCAGCCGCGAGGGGAGUAGGGCGCCCGCGCGCGCCCGCUCGCGCCGCGCGCCUCGGGCCGUCUCGGCCGCCGCCGUGUCCAUGACCGCGACCCCUUGGCCGGGGACACCCGUCGCCGCCGCCGCCGCCGCCUCCGCCGCCCCGCCCCGCGCCCCGGUCCUCGGGCCCCGGGUCCCGCUCGCCCCCGCGCCCGCUGAGAGAGACAGGAUGGACUCCAGUGUGAGGAUGGCUGUGACUUUGGAAGGAGCUCCGUGGCUGGGCUGGAUGUGGGUGAAAGCCCUGAUGAGAUUUGCCUUCAUGGUCGCCAACAACCUGGUGGCUAUUCCCUCCUACAUCUGCUAUGUGAUUAUCCUGCAGCCCCUCCGGGUGCUGGACAGCAAGCGCUUCUGGCAUAUAGAGGGAAUCAUGUACAAAUGGCUUUUAGGAAUGGUGGCCUCCUGGGGAUGGUACGCCGGAUACACAGUGAUGGAAUGGGGAGAAGAUAUUAAGGCAAUUUCAGAAGAUGAAGCAGUGAUGCUGGUGAACCAUCAGGCAACAGGAGAUGUGUGCACACUGAUGAUGUGCUUGCAGGACAAGGGACUGGUUGUUGCUCAAAUGAUGUGGCUGAUGGAUCAUAUUUUUAAGUAUACAAACUUUGGAAUUGUUUCUCUAAUCCAUGGAGACUUCUUUAUAAGACAAGGGAAAUCUCAUCGUGACCAGCAACUGCUUCUUCUCAGGAAGCACCUAGAACAUAACUACAGGAACAGAGAUCGAAAAUGGAUUGUUUUGUUUCCCGAAGGGGGCUUUCUCAGGAAGAGGCGAGAAACGAGUCAGGCAUUUGCAAAGAAGAACAACUUGCCAUUUCUUACACACGUCACUUUGCCAAGGUUUGGGGCCACACAGAUUAUUCUGAGUGCACUGGUCGCACGACAGGAGAAUGGAAGUCCAGCAGGAGGAGAUGCGAAACAACUAGAAAGCAAAUCAAAAGGCCUCCAGUGGAUAAUAGAUACAACCAUAGCUUAUCCCAAAGCUGAGCCUAUAGAUAUUCAAACCUGGAUCCUUGGGUACAGGAAACCAACAGUCACACAUGUACAUUACAGGAUCUUUCCCAUUAAAGAUGUACCUCUGGAGACGGAUGAUCUUGCCAGUUGGCUGUAUCAACGGUUUAUUGAAAAAGAAGACCUCUUAACACAUUUUUAUGAAACAGGAGCCUUUCCACCUCUCAAGGGCCAUAAAGAAGCUGUUUCCAAGGAGAUGACUCUCAGCAACAUGUGGAUAUUUCUCAUACAGUCUUUUGCAUUCUUGUCUGGCUAUAUGUGGUACAACAUCAUUCAGUAUUUUUACCAUUGCCUAUUUUAGAAAUUGACUUGAACUUGUCAAGGUCACCAUAGGAGUUCAGACUUUCAUAAGUGUGCAUUAUUUUACAUGUGCAAAUCAAAA